CGAAGGAGGCAAAAACCGACAUGGGGGAAAUUUAAGCAAGGUUUUGGAAUAAUUUUGUCUCCGAUUUCGGUUGCACUAGCCAUCUGACCCCGACAAAAAGUGAUAUGAAACCCUAAGGAACGUCGAAGGAACGGAAUAUUAGCCGUUGGAAUCAUUCUUGAAACAAUAGCAUCGUUCACAAGUUAACUACAGUUAGUUUGACGCCAUUUUGUAAACUAUCCUAUCUCUGACAGAAGGGACAUAAUUCACCAAUAAAACAUGACGAAUCUCGAAGGAAACAAUCGCAAAUGGACGCAAGACGAAAUCAUAAACAAUACAAGAAACGUUGUACGUGGAUUAGAGACCUUGAAAAAUGAACAUUCAGGAAUCUUGAGCAACCUUAAUUCGGAUCGUGGUGGAUCAUCGGAUUUGGAGAAGGAGAAGGGCUCUAUCGUCCAAGAAUCAAUCGAGAAGAUCGAGUUAGGACUAGGAGAAGCUCAGGUGCGUAUUCCUGGUUUCUUUCUCAAAGGAUUAAUCAUAGCUAAAUAAAUGAUGUUAUUUCUCCGCUGAAUUUCUUUCUCUAUCACGAAGUACAUGAUUCGAAUUUCCUUGCUGGGGAAAGAGUGUACUAAAGAGAUGGAUUCUAUCUCUAAUACUGCGAUGUAAUCGCAGGGGCUCCUAAGAUCGACUAGUCCAUUCAGGGGCAAAGAUCAACUUGGAAGAUAAUAAUAGUAUGUUUUAAAACCCUGAAACGUUCGCUUGCUUCAAUGAGCCUCUCAGUUGUGUUACCAAGAGUUAUUCUCGUCUCGCAACGAAGGAAGCCGACUCCGAUAUUUGCCGGCAAUUUUAUUAGACACAUAUUCCAAGUUAAGCUCUUAUAUUCAGUAUACUCAUCUAAAACUAGAACUAAUCUUAAAGGCUUCUGUUCAUGCCAAAGGCCAUACUGUAAUUAUUUAUGUCGCUUUUUGUCACCUUAUAAACCAGCUGAAUUGACAAAAUGGCUGAAAAUAUUCCUUUCCAUUAUGUUAAUUUGACAUGUUUUGAUAUGGGUAGUGCUAGUAAACGUAUUGCGAUUAUCGUCAUAGAUAAUAUUUUGCAAUUCAGCAGCCUUUUACAAUUCUUUGAUUUUUCUUUGAAAUUACUUGUUUAUCUGCCAAAUGAAAUUAGCCCCAAUUAUACAUUUCAAACAAUGGUAGCCUCACCAGUCCUAUAUUUUAAAGUGUUUGGUUUAAUAAUUCAAGAGUGAAUUUAGGUUUCAAUUACUGGUUUUGAAUAAUGGCUGUCCUUAGAAAUAACAAAAAUAAAGAUUUAUCUUCUUUGCUAAUUGAUAAAAGCUUUUAUUCUAAAUUAAAUGAGGUUCAAACUUUUCUUGAGAUAGUUCUUUGAUCCAGACAUGCAACUAUCUUAGGUGAUAAAGGAAUUUUUUGCACCUCAUGUUUGUCAAAUUUUUAUCCAGAAUUUCUUGAUGUUGAAAAUGGCACCUGAUUUGAGCAGCUUUUUCUUGCCACUAGGUUGACUGGAUACGUGAAUCGUUUCCAUUUGUUACUCUUCAAUUAAAAAUCAGAUCUAUUCUUUCACUAGAUUUCUUCAUUUGAGAUCAAGGUUGUGUACCUCUUUGUUUAAAUUAAACUGUGUUAUAUAUUUGUCAUUGAGAGGUGUUUGGAACACUUUGGGACACACUUGAACUAAAAAGUUGAUGGAGUAAAGUUUUGAUGUAUACAAAACUUCAAAAUAUUUAGAUCGGUGACCACACUUACGUAUGUUCUCUAUAAAAAUUCAAAAAAUGCUUAUGGUCAAGGUCAGGUCCAAUAUUGAAGUCUUUAAAAAGCAAUUUAGCAUAAUAAGAUGCCUUUGUGAAUAAAACUGAAUGGAACACAAUUGAAAAGCAUUUUUUUCUAAUGUGUUCUGGUUACAAGAAUUAACAUUUAUUCAAGCAUGUUCAUUUUUGGUGUUUUGUCUUGGUCUGACUUCCUAGAAUUUAUAAAAUUCAUCACGAAUAAUUUUAUUUAGGUGAUGACUAUUCUGAUUUGAAAUGCUUAUAGUAGAUAUUCCUGGAAAAAUCCUUAUACACAGAAAGUGAAAGUUUUGCACGAAAAAAAACAAGCCAAUGUGUUUUGAAGAAUUUUCCUAGUAUUCUCAAUUUAUAUGACCGAUCCACGAUUCAAAAGGUUUUCCUACCAACAUAAUGCACAAAACUGAACAGAACUGUGUUAUAGUUUUACAAAAUGUAACAGGUUUCUUUCUUUGUUUAAGGAAAAAAACAGUGUUGGAACAACAAUUCUGAUUAUUUCAGCCAGAUAUAAGAGGAGUUCAGAGCUGUUUCCUUUAACAAUGUUAAAAGUAAUAUAUAUCUAAGUUGUUUCUAAGUAGUAUUGGAAUAAUGUUUUUUAAUAUACCACCAAUGUUUAAAUUGUUAUAUUCAGUGUAGAUAUGUGGCAAGUGUCAAUUUAGCUCUAAAUUAUUAUAAUAAAUUCAUGAAUUCUCAUUUUGUUUGGAUUCUAAGAAUUGAAUGCAUGACUUCCAUUGGACUUCCUGCAAAUUGUUCUUAUUUCUGAACAGUCUACACUCGUACAGGCAUUUGAGUAAGUGUAGAGCCAUACUGUUGUAUCACAGUAAAGUCUAAACUGUCACAUUAAUUAAUCUCAAUAGGAUGACCAGCAGGUACUUGUUAGUAUCAAUGAUUUGUUCCAAGUUAUUUUGAAUAUUUCCGGCUAGGUAAUGAUGGCACUUUGUAGUCACCUCAGCACUGUUGAAGCUGAAAAGCAGAAACUGAAAGCACAAGUGCGAAGGCUUUGUCAAGAGAAUGCCUGGCUCAGAGAAGAACUGUCAGUCACUCAACAGAAACUACAAGAAAGUGAGCAGAAAGUGGCUCAGUUGGAAGAAGAAAAGAAACACUUGGAAUUCAUGAACUCUAUAAAAAAAUAUGAUGACGUAAGCAUCUUUCAGUUCUUUCUUCUUGUACAAUAAUUUUCAUGGAAAGCUACUUUUGCACAUAAAUUGCACUCACUGGUUAUAGUUUGUUUUUUAGAGUUACCUCUCAUUUAUUUUAUUGUUUCUUAUUUUUCAUGUGUUUUGCCCAUCAUGGAAUUGUUUUGACUCUCCUAGGAUAAGCAUGUAAGUGUUAAAAUAGCUAGAGAACUUCCCUGUUUCCUUCUUCUUUCAUUCACGCACUUACACUUACAGUUCAUUGGAUUGUUUGUUUUUAAUUAUGUCCUUGUCCUUAUCAUGCAUUCAUGACUGUUUAUUUUAGUUUGCAUAAAAUGCAAAAGGGUUAAGAAACAAGCACUCAACUUUUAGAAAACAUGUAGACCAUUUUUAGAAAUUCUGCUACAGUUUCUUCAAGAGCAAUGGAACAAAACUUUAUAUUUCAGCUGUGCAAAAAGAUUCUUUAGAUUGGUAUGAAAAUCCUGAUUUUAUUGUGCAGUAUAUGACUUUCAUAAAUUUAAGGGUCCCUAUCCAUCGUCCAUUUUAAAAGUAGAUUCGAUGUUGUGAUGUGUCUGUUCAGUAAUAGAUCACAGUUGGUGUCAAAUUGUGGUAAGAACAAAAGAGUGACACUUGAAGGGCAGUCAAAUGUGUCAUAGGUGUGACAGGAAAUCUAUUGGUUUAUAUGAUAAAAAAAAAAAAAUUUGGUUUGUGGUGAUAUGAGAAACAAUCAAAAUGUGUGUAUAAUUCACCUUGUUAUAUAAUGUUUUUGUGAAUAUAUUCUUUCAUCAUUGACUGAAGCUUCAAUAGGGCAGAGUACCAUAGGACGCACAAGUCUUUGGAUAUAAGUAGUUGGGUGUGAGCCCUUGCUAGAAGUAUAAAUAGGUGUUGAUGAACCUCCUCUUGUAAUCUACUUAGUCAAAAAUGAAAUUGUAGGCUGCUUGGUAAAAUCAAGGAGACUUAUUUACCCUUUUUUCUCAUGAAGAGAAAUACUUAUUUUUUACCAGGAUGAAGGAAUAGAAAAUGACAUCAGUAUAGACAUGCUCUCACAGGAUGAAGAGGAAGUGGAAGAUGUUGAUGGUAGGCUGUUUUGUAGUCAGGAAGAAAAAGUAAUGAUUUCUUCAAAAAUUCCUUUGUCAGAGAAACACAUUGAGCCUUUUAAGCCAGCAGUAACCAUUACCAACCUAGAAAAUCUUAAAGAUAUAGUAACCAUUUUUUAAGAACUAUUUUUCCAAAGUUGUUACCAUGCCAUACUCUCAACUCUAGUAAUAAAUAACUGAAAAAAAAAAAAGAACCAAAAAUAUUGAAACCUGCAAAAAAUUUUACUUUCUCCACAAUACAAACUAUCAUGCUAUCAUGUUAGGUAAUUAGUUAAACAUAAUUUCAAGUGCAAUGUGGUGUUAAUAAGCACAAUAAAAUUUUUCCUAGACAAAAAAAUUGCAUGAGCCUGUGGGGCAAGUGCAAUUUGUAGUCUUUGAAAAAUUUACUUGCGCUUAUUAACACCAAAUUGGAAGAGAAAUCAUGUUAUUACUUGUUAAUAAUGUACAUGAUGAAACAUCACAGAGAGUUAAGGAGUAAUUUUGAGAGGGUGCACUUAUGAUUUGUAAUUUGGACUCAUGUUACACCUUUGCUCCCAUGCUACAUGAGAAUUGCACUUAUCCAGCCAAUCAGAAGCCAGUUAUUUUUUCAGGUAUAUUAUUACAAAAGAAAGAAAACUAAGCAGAAAUGAGAUCUUUCAAAUUUCUAGUGUAGCAUGAGUGACAUCUUUGAUUUUUUCCUUUCCAACAUUAUGUUAAUUAAUUGACUAUUUAUUUAUUUAUUUAUCUUUUUAUUUUAUUCAAUUAUCUUUUUACUUCCAUUUAUUGUAGAUGAAACAUUAAGUCAGGCAUCGUCUGCCACCUCAGCAAGUGCAUCAGGUGUCUAUGAAAUUCCAGCUCGCCUUAGAACACUGCACAAUUUAGUUAUACAGUAUGCUUCACAGGUAGGAAUUUACUCCUUAAACCCUUCAAGUAUCUUCUUGAUAAAUUAAAAUAUUUACUCAAGUGUGUGCUGUGGGUGCUUAAUUGAUUUAUGGUCCUUGUGAGUGGGAGCUUAUAUGAGGCUGGGCUUAUGCGAGGAAGGGUGCUUAUAUUAAUUUAAAUGUUCACAGUUUUCAUCUAGUAGUAAGUUUAUUUUAGGGCAAAACCAAAAAAAAAAGUAACAGAACAUAACAAUGUACCACAGACAGUGAAUUUAGAGACUGUCAGCCAGUAAAGAAAUAAGACACAAUACUCCUCUUGUACACUUCAGUUCAAGGGGGGGGGAGGGAGGGUGGUUAGCCUAGGUUGGAUGUUUUUCAAUUCAGUAAUUAUUGUAAAGUGCACUUUAGUUCUUGUCAUUAUUCUUCUCACAAACCAGCACUCAAGAACCAAGAUGUCCAUCAUUGUUUCUUUUGCCUUUUGCCUUUUUAUACACUAGAUAAAGACAGUAAUAACUUAAAAGCAGGGAAAUGUUUUAAGGAAGACACCAAACCUAAUUUUUAUUUUGAAUUUUUUUCAUCCCUUGAAAUGGUGCUCAAAAUAUCAUUCUUUGCAUUAUGCUAUUGUUAGGGUCGAUAUGAGGUGGCAGUCCCUCUCUGUAAGCAAGCACUGGAAGAUUUAGAAAAGACGUCUGGUCAUGACCAUCCAGAUGUGGCAACUAUGCUCAAUAUCCUAGCUCUUGUAUACAGGUAAUUUGGUGAUGAUUUGACAUUAACACUUGAACUGUUUUCUGUUCUACAGCAAGUGCAUCUGUGGUAGGUCCUUGUCAUUUUUGUUGGUUAGCUAUCUUUACUUAACAGGAAAACUCAGUUUUAAUUAAUCACUGUUUUUAAUCAUAUAUGGGUAUAUAGAAACUGGUAACAAUGUCUCAUAAUCCUAAUGAAUUUUUGGAAUCAACUUCAUAACUUAUAAGGCAAAUCAUGUCAAUUAUUGAUCUUUUAAAAAUCUUUUGAAAGAGCUUUAAAAAAAGCUGUUGUAAGGUUACUUUCAUAACAGCCCAUUUUGGUGUUUUUAAUUCACCUUUCAACAAGCAACUCCUGUGUAGUGCUGAAGGGAAGACACUCAGUUGGAAAAAAAUUCAAGUUUGGACAAUAUUCUUGGGGGAAUUGUGAUGACAUCUAUUUUUUAUGUUGAAUUUUCAACCUUGGAUUAUUGAUCUGUAAUAUUUCAAAUGAUUGUUAAAUAUGUAAUUACACAGAAGUACAUAGCUAGUAACAAUUAGAAUAUUUUGCACCUUUCCUAGAUAUGGUAAUUUAUUUUAUUGAUUCAAUGUUAAAUGCUGCAAUAGAAGUUGUUAGAACCUCAAGUUGUUAAAAGUAGUAAUGAAUUGUGUUAAAGAGUAAAUCCAGCCAAUUGUGUAAUAGUUAGUGAUGCAUAAUAUUUUUGGUAAUCAUACACGCAUUAUAACAAUACCAUAGUUUGUGGAGCAGCAGUUGAUUUUGAACGAAGGUGAUGUGAGUUAGGCUUCAUUUCCUUUAUCAGAUACAAUAUCGUUCACCCAGCAGUAGAUCUCCCUAAAAGUGUCCUUUGGGACAUAUUAAAUUUCCUCAUGAACCCCGUGCGACACAUUAUUGAGGAUGACGAAAGCUUGGAUAGAAUUCACAUCAGGAAUCUGGGACUUGUGUGUGGUGCCACCUCUGAAGUUUCCAUUACGGACAGUGGUAUGACAGACAGUGAGCUGUCAUUAGUGUCUGGUAUCAUGUUUGAGCAACAUGAAAAGCUCAGCCAACGGAUGGAUACUGUUGAGGAGACAGUCAGGAAAUACUUGCGUGUUGACUUUGCAAGCCCAGUGACAUCAAGCGUUUCCGUGUAAAGCAAAGAAAACCAAGCUAACUUUGCUGUGAUUCAAUUUUACUGAGUCGCCAAAAAUAUUUUUAAUUUUCCUUUAAAUGUACAACCAGAAGAGGACACCAGAAGUCACCAGGUCUAGGAAAGAAGAUCUUCAAGAUAUUUUUGUGAUCUAUGGUUAUGUUGGGAUGGUAUUGUCAUGACACAGCUGGUGAUAUUAGAAAAACCAAAGUGAUUUUGGUGCUCUAAACAUUUGAAUCCUUCAGAGAAACUGGUUACUUGCGCGAAGCCAUGUUUUGUUUUAAGCUUGAAAAGAAAUUUUUCAGAUGAGCUACAUGAAACUGCAUUCCAAUUUUCCUGGCCUGUGGUAGAUGAUAGCUAUUUUAUUGCUUUGUGAUAGCACAAUUUGAUAAGUUUUGCCAGAGAUUAGUUUUAAAUUGUAUAAAAAAAAUAUUUUGUUACUUCAGUCCUUUAAAGUAGUUGACGAAAUGCAAAUAGUUAUUUUGAUGAAAUUUUACCUUGUGCUCAAUGCAAAGCAUUGUUCUUUGGAGAUUUAUAUAAAAUAUGAUUAUUAUAUUUUUGCUUUUUCAUUGCUUUUUUUGCAAUAUUGUUGGGUGUGCCUUUGUAAGUCAAAGUAUUCAGAUUUUUUGGAGAAAAAAAAAUUUAGGGUAAGUACAAAUUUGGUAAAUGCUCACAUGAAGCAAAAAAAUUAUAUUAGUGAUAGUAUUUUAAAGGUUACGACGCAUUAAAUUAUGCUUUGUAUCUACUGUGUGAAGUAAAGAGGAGUACAAGUACGGAUGCAAGAUGCCACAUUUCUUCAGUGUUAAUUGGAAAAAGACCUUUAUUCAACCCCUUUCAUUCAUCCCCUUGUCUGCCUCUCAAUUCCUCUGAUGUAUUAUCGAUAAGUUAUUCACACUGUAUUAGAUGUUUUGGAUACAACUUGUCAUCAAAUCAUUGACUGAGGGGAACGCAAUCUUGUCAGACGUCGAAGCUGUCAUUAACAAGAUAAAUGAGCUUUUUCUGGGCUGGAAACUAAUUUGUAAAAAAUUCAGGUCAAAAUUCUGGCUCUUAAAAUCAGUUGUUGAAUUGUCCUUUAAAACCUGGAAAGAAGAUAGAAAACUCCCACAAUUUUGCAGUUUUUUUGGCCAAUUGCACUGAAGGAUCAUUAUAACCAACUAUGCUCACAGCAAACAGGAAAUGAUUAAGCAAACACAGUUGUGAACAACUUUUAUCAUCAAAGCAUUUUUAUUUCACUCAAAAUAACUUUCUUCAUCCUUUUUCAUACCUUUGUUUAAUUUUUACUGUGCUUGAAAUAGCAUUCGUCUUUCUAUCAUACCCAAAGAGUUGAAUGUAGCAGUGUAAGUCUUAACCUUUCAGAUUUCAUCCUUUACUUUGAGCUCUGAGAUGUGAUUCGGAAGUUUCUUUUGGCCUCUCAACAUUUGUUUGUAAAAUUAGUUAAGAGAAUUGGGACUUUUUUUUUUUUUUUCGAAGGUAAUGCAUUCUAGUUAAUGGAAUAAGUUUGCCUUUUGUCCUAGUCUGUUUCAUUGUUUUUCAGCAAACAGACUUACAGUGUUAAUCCCAUAUAGAUGCUGAUGGAUUUAAGUAAUUUUGUUCUUGUUAACUUAGGCCAGUUAUUUAGUCCUCAAUCACCUUAGAGUCAAGCUUCACACUCAACUGUCUUAAGGCAGUCAUUUCUUCAGUGUUAAUUUUACUUACCAUCAAUGAAAUCUUUUUCAUCAAAUGCAAACUCACACUUAGAAAUUUUUAUCAUGAGCUGCAUUCUUUGUCAUGUAUCAAGCACUUUUGUUGUGUCUGCUCACAAUUCAAAUUCUUGUUCAAUUUAUGUGUUCCACAAUAUUUAUGAUCCAUGCAUUUCUCAGCAUAGUAGAUCGCUGCCAUCAGUUUGGUUGUUUGUACCCUUCAUGAUGUCUCAUUCAAACGAAAUGUUCCACAAAUUCCACAAUGUUUACAAUCCAAGUGUUUAUCUGCAUAGUUGACUGACAGCAAACAUUUUGGUUGCAUCAAACAGGUCUUUUCUUGUCCAUCUGUGUCUAUGGGAGAAGUCGUACAAGACAGAUUAAUGCAGCUAUAGAUUUUAACUCAAAUUAGAGAAAAAGAGAGAAUUUUUCAAAAAUUUUGUAAUUUCAGAUUUCUUUGUAAAAUUAGAAACGAGAAUUAGGAAUUUUUGGAUUUAACAGUCUUUUCAAAGACAAACUUUUUAAACAGAUUUAUCUAUUUUAUAGUAAAUUUAAUAACAUAGCCAUUUUAUGCAAGUUCUGGAAAAGUACAUACUUUACCAUAAGUAAGCAAUGAUUUUGGUACUUUUCGAUGAGAUAUUUUUUUAGGCAAGUUAUAUCUAGCAAUGACAACACGAAAAAAGGCCAUCUUUGUUCAUGAGAAUAUGACAAUAUAAAUUAUAAAAUUAUCUGCAAAAAAAUAAUUUUUUAAGGCCAGUUAUUUUUAGCAAGGAGCAUGCAGCUAGUAUAUUUCAGUCCAUGAAUUUGGCAUUGGAUAUUUUGAUACAGGGAAUGAAGUGAAAUGGAAAAUUUCAUUACAAUUUCCAGUAACAAAAUCUCCAUCAUUUGAGAGUAUGCAUGCUGGCAUAACACAAAUGCAAGAUGACAAAUUUCAUCCUUCCGCUUAAAUGGCUACUGAAAAUUUUGAAAGCAUGAAAGCAUUGCAUGUCAGAAUAUUGAGAAGCAGUUUUAUUCUUGUGUGUCACAUGUACCAGUUCAACCAAGUUGAUUAUGUUGAUUUUUGAUGAAUUUUUCAGUAUCACUCCUUAGUUAGUAUUUUGAACAUCAGUACCUCUUCCCUCCCUCUUAAAUUGGGGAGAGGUGCAUUUUAGGCUGCUUUCAAUAAGAGCCCUUGUCCUCAAGAAAGUAAAUUGUUUUUUGGAACAAGUUACAUUUCUUGUGUGGACAUCACGAACCCUUUAACUCCCAUGAUCUGAUUGUUAAUUCUCCCCUGUAGCUGAUACACAUUUCCCUCAAAAUAUGUUAUGAGAAUUUGGUGGUAGAUCAAGAUAACAGUUUCUACCUGAUAAGUGAGAGUAUUCUCAUUACCUGUUUGCUGUAUAAUGUAUGGAUAUUAGAGUGAGAAGUUACAUGUUUAUCACUUGUGGGAGUUAAAGGGUUAUUAUAUUGAAACAAUGACAUUAGGGAUGUUGCUUUUCUUCUUAGAGCACAGGAUCACACUGAAAGCAAAUUUAGCUCCUUCUUAAGAAAUCAUUGCAUUUGUAUUAGUGAAUGACAUUUUAAAACACUAGGCUGGCAUAUUCCAGUGUGAGGAAUCCUUGAAGACUGCACUUUGAAGUAAACCUGUGUUUACCUAGAAAAAUGCAAUCAGCCUUGUAGAUGCAUAAGUAGUGGUUGAAAGCCAGUGAACAUCACUUAAUAUUCUGGUGCUAUUCAGUCACACAGCUUCAAAACGGUCAUCACAUUAUGAAAGGAGACAGUUAGUUGAGCUCUUAAUAGCAGACAAAUCCUUGUUUGUGUUGGUUAUUCUACAGUGCAGAUAUUAACAGUAACAGAAAAUCUAGAGUCAUGAAUUUUUUCUUAGGUAACACUUUAUAGCUGAUCAGUCUGUUUGAUCUCACCACCUGUUGGCUGAGCAAUGUAUUGGUAAUGUUGAGAGAAGAUGCAUGUUAAUCACUUCUGGAAGUUUAAGGGUGAAAGGGCACUUCCUCUGUACAUGUCACUAUAAAACUGUACAACAGACUAAAUAGCAAUGUUUAUAUGUCACUAUUAAAUACUAUUUUUGUUAUGAUCAUGAAUUGUAUACCUUGAAAAAUAUCCCACAAGCUGUUAAUUUUUCCGUCUUGGUGUAUUUUUGUGUAAGUGUAAACAGUGAGAGAUUUUCCAGUGUACUGACCAUGUGAAAGGACAACAGGAACUUAAAACUUUCAUGAAAGCUGUGAGAAAGCUGUGAAAAUGCUCAAGUUUAUUGUUAACUUAGGUUAAAAAAAACAUUUUCAGUGGGACAAUCUUUUUAAGUUGUAUUCUUUGGAGCAUGGAAAUUAUACCUUGAAGAAGCUUUGUUUUACAAAAAAUCUGUUUAUAGAAACUCUGUGUCAUUUUAGUUGCAAUAGCUCUUGUUAUUAGAUGUGAUUAAAUCACUCUCUCCAUAAUUCAGAAAUUGUGUUAUUCUGUUAUUCUGGUGCACUAGUUACUCUUUUGGAGUAGAAUUGUCUUAAUUCAGCAUGAAUUGUAAAAAAUGGCAUGUGACAGUUCUAAUGCAACACAUUCGCACUAAUUAAUUUAGAGAAAAUUGCAUUCAAAUGGCCUCUAUUGUCAUUCAAACAUGCAAAGCUUUAUGAUUUCAUAUGGAAAUUUGAUAAUUAUCAAUAUUUUAUUCAUGGUAUGUAAAAUGUAAAUGAACACCUUGAGUCAAAACAAUAAUUCUAAAACGAAUACAGUUAACAAGUCCCAAGCUUCAAAACAGUUUCUAAAAUAGCUAUUAAGAUUUUGUAUUUUGAUUAAAAACUUAUAGAAGAUAAAAUGCAAGUUGUUUGAUUUCUGAUCCACUCUGAGGGAAAUCAUGUGGUGUGAAAGAUUAGAUAUUUACGGUUAUGCAGCUGAGACGUAGAAUUUCUGAGUAGGCAUAAGUUACAUACAUGUAUGAAACUAUUCAGCACAUAACAAUUGCAUGUUAUGCCGUUGUGGAAGUUUUGAUCAGAACAAACUGAUUCCCUUGGGAAUUGAUUUUGGUCAAGAAAUCUAUCCACGUCACUCAAAGUCUGUCAGCAUUCAUUUGAUAUGGAAAGACCAAAUUCAAUAACUUUUGGUGACAAUAAUGUCUGCUUGGGACAUUUUAGAAAUUCCGUUCAUGUUGACAGAUUAAAUGUGAUCUGUGCAUUUCCAGUCAAUAUUUCGUUUUCAAAUUUAUACACGAGGGAAGAAACAUUGAACUGGGCAUUGCUUAGGAGUAAUUUUUCAAAAUGAAAAAUGUCUCAAGCGAACAUCUGUGUAACGUAUUUAAUUUAGUAAAUUGGAAAUUCACGCUAUCGCAUCGUGCGUUAUAUGUUUUAAAAGGAAAUGGGUGAAAAGGAAGAGUUUCCUUCUAAUCUGUGACGACUUGUGCUUUCUAAAAGCUGAACUUGAACUUGACAGAAAUACUUUGCUCUAGUUCCUUAAAUUCUCAAUCACAGCUCACAAUAAUCUUUACUAUUACUUCCAUGGUCCUUGUUGAAAAUGAAAAUUUAUAAGAAACCAGCCAAAUACGAAUUAAACUACAGAACUGAUCGAAAGUGAUGUUGAGAUAAAUAUCACACGACCUGAAAAAACAUGAAUUUAUCCUCCACGCAAAUGUGCAUUGUUCGAUUUACUAAUACUGCAUUUUUGAAAUACCAGAGCCCAUAAAUGUCUUGUAGGCUAUAAAACAAUUCUGAGGGCAAGACAGUCUAUAUUCUCGACUUCAUGGCGACGUGAGAUACAAUCUAGAAAGUUUGAAAGCUAUAUUUAGCUGUUUGCAAUUUGCAGAAUUUCCGGUGGCGGUUGUGUAUUGCAGCUUGAAAGUUUCUGAGUGUACCACGACGAAAUGUCUUUUUCUUUACUAGUAGUAGAAUGUAAAUAUAUGUAAAAGUGUCCAAGUAGACAGACUUGGUGUUAGCUCACCUGCAUUUUGUUUUGUUGAUAGCAGUAUGACAUGGAUGCCGGAAAUGUUGCUUAUUUUUUUCAUUCUGUGUUAAAAUGUCCAAAAAUCAUACUACACAAAUAUAAAGCUAUAUUUAAAACAGAAUGUCUGAACUAGAAAUUAUUUCUUUUUUCAGGAACGGGGCAAAGUUAUGCGUUUCGUUUGUAUGAAUCGUCUCGUGAAGCCCUUGAACACAAAACCCGUUAUUUCAUUAUUUACAGAAAACAAUGUUUGACUGUAUUAAUUGGAAGUCUUCGUGCUGUGGCUUUUGUCUUGUCAACUUCAUUACGAUGUUAACUGAAAACACUCAGUGGUAAACUAGCUGUGAACACUUGUACAAAGUUAAACAAACUGAUAAUAGUUUGUUGUAAGUUUACACGAAGAAGAAUGGGUUAAUAUUCACAGUAAUUAAUAACUGAAAUUUGAAAAGCUAGGCCAGACAAGAAGUCUCCUAUUUGGAAAGUAGUAUUGUGUUUUGUUUUCAUAAUCUUAUGCUUCAGUUUUCAAGGGAAUAAUUAAGAAGUUUUGUGUUGUUGUGUUUUGGCAUGCUACAACGAACCGUAUAUUGUGUUUAGAGGCAUGGACCCGUGACACUUUUGAAAUCACAAAUGAUCUUCGAAUUAAAAGUAAUAUGGUGUCUUUUCUUGUCUCCAAGCAAUUUAUUAUCCCAGCAUUCGGCUGAAGCUUUCCAAUUUCUAAAGUUUUUGUUCAGAACGCAGCACAAACCUUACCAUGUGAAUGAUUUUAAAACUCGUAUUUAGAAGUCAUAUUUCUACAGCAUUAUUCAAUGUUUCAGCUCCGACCAUUGACGUUAAAUUAAAAUAUAUUUAAGUGGUAAUAUCAGUCGGUUAUAAUUAUCUCUCUCCAGGUUUCACAAUAUACCUAUUUCCUCUUGCAUGUGAGAGGUAGAGUUAUUUGUGAAUAUUAAUAUAUAAAUAAUGGUGAAAGAAGGAGAGUAUCAAAUUUCCUUUAGUGCGAACAUUUUCAUGUGGAGUCGUGGGAAAUUUCACUUUGUUUCUGUAAAAACCGGAAUUGAUGUUAUAAGGAGGAAUUAAAUUUAUUUGUCGGUUUGUUUUUAAGUGAGUUGCCUUGAAACAGAAGCUAAAAUUUCAAAACCUUUCUGUUUUGAUUGAAUCGAGAAACAGAUGUGAAAUGAAAAUGUCAUGUCUGCGCGUGUAGCGAAGCGUAUCGUAGCGAAAAUGUUUCAGGUUUAACAUUUCUUGUUGUAGAAGUUAAUAACUUUUAAACGUUUAACUUACAUCUUACCUGCUUUUGCAGAGACCAAAACAAAUAUAAAGAGGCGGCCAAUUUGCUUCACGAUGCACUGACGAUUAGAGAAAAGACACUCGGCGAGGAUCAUCCAGCGGUAGGUUUGACUUGGUUUGUGUUGUGUUCAAUCACAGACUCUUUGUUGGGUUUCCCUUCUUUCAGUAUUUCUUUCUUUCUCCUUGCUUUCAUUCUUCUAGAUAUGUUCAGCUUUAACUUACCUGUGUGUAGAUUAGUUAAAACAAGACCUAAAUACAAAUAAGCGGAUGCUGUGGAGCAGUUUUGUUGUUUCUGUGGACUGUAGAUGCUCGUGAUAAUAUUGUGAUUUCGAUUGUUGAUGAAGCACGCGCGUGCACACACAAAGGGGUUUCACAAUGGUUUGACAGCUUUUCCUUUCCACGAUCAAAAUAUUCUAUUUAGCUGUUUUAAUUCGAGGUUUCUUCGACCAAUCUGACACAUAUUGUGGGUCUGCUGAAGUGCUCAAACGCUCGAAAAUGUUUGUUACGUGACCGCGCAAUAUAUGAACGUUGAAGAACGAUUAUCCAUGCCGGAGGGUUUUUAUAACUGAAACUUAAAACUUGUUACCUCCUGGAUUAGUGCUGAUAUUUUAAUGUGACUUUCCAUAUAAGGAGCGUAUCCCUAGCGUCACUUACUGUUCUGAGGUCAAAGGUUUGUAACGUGGCUCCUGUUAUUCACACCAGCAGGAGAGUCUUUUAGUGUCUGGAGACAACUCCCAGUCUAUUGUGAGGUUUUAAUUGACUGCAUUACGUUUUUUCAAAAUCUUAAUCUCGUUUUCGACGUUUUAUAUCUUGUCUAUCCUCAUCUACAUGGGUAAUUGAGCUCAUCAGGGUUCUUGGAGAAGAGUUUACUCUCGUAUUUUUAAUUUUUAUUUUUUAAAUCCAAAUGUACUCAACGUUCAAUUCCAUCAGACUUAUCUAUAAGAACAUUACUGUUGCAGCCGUUUUGUUUCCCACCAAAACAAACAAAGGGAUGCAUUGAAAUCUCGUUGAUUUUAAACACAUCUCGGAAAUUGAGAACUUCGUUCAAGUCAUCGUUAUUUACCUGUGUUACACUCGUCUGUAGUCUAAUUUCCUUUUUGAUCCGACGAAUUGGAUAAAUAAUUUUAUGAAUUUUAGUUCUAUAAUACGCGGUAUCUUUAAAUUAUGAAGUCAUAACAACAUCUGUUGCUAUGAAAGUAUCAAACGCUGCCGAGUGAAAAUCGCAUAAAGCUUCCGUUAACGGAAACCAGAGGAUUUACAGUUGUAAUCCGUCUGAGUCAAUUAAGAGCUAAUCUUUGCAUGGCACGUUUCGUUAUUUACGCGUAGCUUAACACUUUAACUCCCAGAUCAAAUUUGUAAUUCCUUUAACUGUAAGCCAUAUAAUUAUUGUAAUGCUAGUUCAGAGAAUUUGUAUUGAAUCAACUAAUUAUCCCUAAAUUGAUAUUUUUCUUUAUUCUCAUCACUCACCUUGUUGAUAUUGAAUUAAUUGAUAUUUUUUAAGGAAAAAUUCUCUCUUAGUCACUGAAGGGAGCUAAAGGGUUAACUGAAUAAACAAUAAACCUUGACUUUAUUUUUUUUUUUUUAAGGUGGCUGCGACUCUUAACAAUCUAGCGGUGCUUUACGGCAAGAGAGGCAAAUAUAAGGAAGCUGAGCCCCUUUGCAAGAGAGCCCUGGAAAUACGCGAAAAGGUAACAUUUACGUCUCGAUUUACUGCCUCACAACAAACACGUGCGCGUGCCACAACGAGCCAAUCAGAACUCAAACAAAAAGUGGGGUCCGUGCAUGCGUGUACCACAACGAGCCAAUCAGAAUUCAAGCAAAAAGUGGGGCCCGUGUGUCAUGUCUGCCACAACCGAGCCAAUCGGAAUUCAUUUGAGAACUGAGGUCCGUUUCUUAAAAGACCCGCCAAUUGAAUGAGUCCAAAGUCGUAUUUUAAAAUCUAAAUUUCAGUUUACCUUCGGAGUGAAUUAAUAAAACAAUGCCCCUUGCAAGUAAGCUGCAAUUUCAAAAAUGACGAAAGAAGCCUGAAAAAAAAUUCCGCCUUCGACGUGAUUCGGACCCGUGCUUCCCAGAUUACCCUCCGGCUUUUUUAAACCUAUGGGUUAUGUUUUGUUUUAGGUACUCGGCAAAGACCAUCCCGAUGUAGCCAAGCAAUUGAAUAACUUAGCUUUGUUGUGCCAGAAUCAAGGAAAAUACGACGAGGUAUGUGGAAGUUAUAACAUUGAAAGGAUUAUCACAAAGGAAAGUUGAAAAUAAGAAGGAAAAAAAUAUAAAAGCUUUUUUUGUAAUGUGUUAUUACAGGUUGAACAGUACUAUCAACGGGCUUUGGAAAUUUACACCACCAAACUUGGCCCAGACGAUCCUAAUGUGGCGAAAACGAAGAACAACUUGGUAAGAGGAACAUUUCUGUCCUUGAAGUUAGGACAGAUACGGAGAUUUCUACAGAUUUUUUUUUUUUUUGACUUUGUGGAACGCCUUCGUUUUUGAUUUCAUAACUUCUUCGUUAUUUAGGCGUCCGCAUAUUUGAAACAAGGAAAAUACAAAGCGGCUGAAACGCUGUACAAGCAGGUAUGUAUGUAUUCAGUUGUGUUACUUCUGUCUCUAACAUGUGUGCACAAAAGAUGGCAAAGGAAAGGAUGAUAUCUUCUAAAUAGGCCUUGUUCCCUAGGGAACCCUAAAAUCAUAAUCAUUUUCGAAAACUUCAUGAGGCAAACUCGUUCCCAGGUUAAAUAGAGAGACUUUGGAAACGAGGUUGCUGAAAGGACUGGAAACAACUAUUUCUGUGCCCUACGGGGUGUUGGGGGCACUCAUUGGCAUUUUGACCCCAUGUCAGACCAAAAACUUUUUUACACUCGGCGUCUGAAAGUUGGUUGUUUUAUUACCCAUUAAUUGAUAGAUUGGAAAAUGAUGAAUUUCCCCCGCUCUUGUUUGGGUCUUAUUUCCAUCUUCUUCGGUAAACUUCCAUUCCAUAUCAGUAAUCCUGCACCUUCAAAUUGCACACGUAGAUUGACUUUUUCAAAAUCUCUUUUUCUCUUUUGGUUCCAGGUGCUCACCCGAGCCCAUGAGCGGGAAUUCGGGCCUGGUACCGAAUCAUCUCUGGAAGAUGACGGUAAACGCGGGAAAGACAACGCGCCAUAUGGCGAGUAUGGUGGCUGGCAUAAGGCGGCCAAAGUGGACAGCCCUACUGUCACCACCACCCUCAGGAAUUUGGGAGCAUUGUACCGCAGGCAGGGCAAGUUCGAAGCAGCGGAGACGCUCGAGGAGUGUGCGCUGAGAUCACGACAGAAUGUUAGUCGAGAGGUGUAAUAUGGCUUUUAAUCAAUAUUCUUUAAAAAUCAACUAUUGCUUGCGAGGUUUACGCUAAUUUCCAUUCGGAACAAAGUAUAUGUUAGUAGGAAUUCUCUCCUCUACAACUACGGUAGUUCCUAUGGUAACUUUUGGUAGCUUGAAUAUCCUUUAAAUCAAUUACGAGGACUAUUUUUCAACCGCAUAAAUGAUUAUAAACUCAAGCUCGAUAUAAUCUCUUCUAGUUUUUACUCUCAUUCACUUUUGCAAUCUUUCAUACUGAGAAAUUCGCCGCACCCAGCUAUGUAAGCUACUUGACCGGUAAGCGUCAAUCUAACCAAACGACUUUUCAUUCCUCAGGCCCUAGAUGUCGUUCGUCAGACUAAAGUCGCUCAACUUUUAGCUGAAGAUGUCGGCGGUGCAUCGUUUUCAUCCAGCAGUGUGGCUUCGUCCUCUUCCUCCUUGAACGGCAAUGGAAGUAAGUCCUCAAUAGAACCAGAAAGAGAUGAUCCAAACGACGACAAAAAGAACGGAAAACGCGAGAAGACAUUUUCACGCCUCAAGAGAACGUUGAGCAGCCGCGGUCAAAAGCUGAUGGAAAAGAUGGGUGCCAGUGGUACAAGGCUUCAGCGGUCGUCGUCGCGUGACAACCUAGCCCAUCAUGCCAAGCUGUCGCCGUCGGAGAGAAUUUCUCGUAGCACCCCCAUGCUCGCACAGCCACAACCUGAUCCCGACCGGAUAAGGUCAGGGAGCGUUAGCACCAGGGGUACCCCGUUGGGGCCUUGACGAGUAGUACCAGGAUACCCUGCGGAGGACUUGUCGAGUUAAUAUCCGGGGACGGGAAGGAGACCAGCUAUUUAAUAGUUUUUACCAAAUUAAAAAUCAUUGGACCAAAUUUGUUCUUGAAAUUAGUUUUUAGUCGAUUUGAGGUUCAGUUUUUGGUGGAGAUGGUUAAAUUAAUUGUCAAAAAAUAUGCGGAGACCUAUUAAGUCAUCUAAGUUUUGGGAAGAGAGGUUACCGUUAAAUUGAUACGUCAACGGUUCGCAAUUGUGUCAAAAUAAAUCCAGAAUUUAUUUCUUCACUAUGAAAACUUGCGCAAAAAUACUCAACCAAUCAUGAGGAAAUUGCGUGACACACAUUUCGUGCGUUGGAUCUGAUAGCGUGUAUUUCAACACUUGUGUUCUGAUUGGUUCAUUCAUGACCAAACGCAUUCCAAUUGGCUGUUGCUGUGGCGUUUGGUUUGAAUGUGGCAGCAAUCACCCACAAAAACACCUGAAGAUAUCUUCUCAUAAAUAUUUUAAAUGAUUUGCGGGAUUCACUGAACUGCGAAGAUUUUACUCUGUUUAUCUCUGUAUUUUACACAAGCUCAAAGUUAUAGAAUUUAACUAAAGACAGUUUUUAUUUCUAUGAUGUUGUAAAUGAAAAUGGAAUACUUUGUCAGAAACGCAGCUAUUUUAGAAUUUAUCAUGUCUGUUGGAACUGGGCCCGUCAAGCAGACGUAUAACUUCUUAAAUUUUUUUAAGUUUGUUUUUAUUUUGUUUUAUUCAGACCUUCUUCCAACAGCUUUGUUCCUACGAUGUUUUUUUAAUGAACAAGCUGAAUAUUGCACAAGAAACGUAGCCAUUUCAGAACUAGCUCAUAUGUUUUAAUUGGUCCUGUAAAGAAGACAUUUACUUCUUCAGUGUUCAUUUUAGUUGACUGAGUUUAUACGAGGCUGUGCUAUUGUCUUAAAAGCGGAGCUCUCAUAUUACUUUUUAACUUCAAAUGAACAGUUAGAAGAAUUUUAUUAUUUAACGUUGUGGCUGUAAAUAAAUAAGGGCCUCUUUACACAACUCCGAGUGAUUUGUUAGCCCGGGCUGAAUCAACCCUAAGGGUAACCCUCUAGCCGUCUAAUUUCAUGAAGAGAUACCCUCAUUUCCGGGUGUCUCUUGUCGAGACUUGGGUUGAUCCGGCCCAAACGCCAACCUGAGUUAGUGACAGCAUACAAAUAACCAUCUUUGUAUUAACUUUCUUGUUUUAGCACCAUGACCUGCUCUCGUUUCCGCGUCAUAGGUCGGUAAAAAGACUGACCCAGGUGACUCUCGAAGUGAACCACGCGCGAAUGUUAACAACCGAUCUAGGAUCGUGUAAAUUGUGUAUUUAGCACACUAGGCGAUAAUUUAACCCGGAGCUGUGUAA